CCGCGGCGGCGGCGCUCCCCCCUCCCGGCCCCCCGUCCGGCCGCCCCGGCCUCGGUUCCCGCGGGGGACACCAUGUACUGGCUGGCGGCGCAGGGAGGCCGGCGCCCGGCGGGGAUGUUGGGUUAACGGCAUGGAGAACAGUCACCCCCCCCACCACCACCACCACCAGCAGCCCCCGCCGCAGCCCGGCCCUUCGGGCGAGAGGAGGAACCACCAUUGGAGAAGUUACAAGUUGAUGAUUGACCCGGCUUUGAAAAAGGGGCAUCAUAAACUGUACCGCUACGAUGGGCAGCAUUUCAGCCUGGCGAUGUCCAGCAACCGCCCGGUGGAAAUUGUCGAAGAUCCCCGGGUCGUCGGGAUCUGGACCAAAAACAAGGAGCUGGAGCUGUCGGUGCCCAAAUUCAAAAUCGAUGAGUUCUAUGUGGGCCCGGUGCCUCCGAAGCAGGUGACAUUUGCCAAGCUGAAUGAUAACAUCCGUGAAAACUUCCUGAGGGACAUGUGCAAGAAGUAUGGGGAGGUGGAGGAGGUGGAGAUUUUGUACAAUCCCAAGACCAAGAAGCACUUGGGCAUCGCCAAAGUGGUCUUUGCCACGGUCAGGGGAGCCAAGGAGGCGGUUCAGCACUUGCACAGCACUUCGGUCAUGGGCAAUAUCAUCCACGUGGAGCUGGACACCAAAGGGGAAACCCGCAUGCGGUUCUACGAACUGUUGGUCACGGGCCGAUACACACCCCAAACCCUCCCAGUGGGCGAGCUGGACGCUGUCUCUCCAAUCGUGAAUGAGACCCUGCAGCUGUCAGAUGCCCUGAAGCGCCUCAAAGAUGGUGGCCUGUCUGCAGGCUGUGGCUCUGGCUCAUCCUCUGUCACCCCCAAUAGUGGUGGGACACCCUUCUCCCAAGACACUGCUUAUUCCAGCUGCCGCUUGGACACGCCCAACUCCUACGGACAGGGCACACCGCUCACGCCGCGCCUGGGCACCCCCUUCUCGCAGGACUCCAGCUACUCCAGCCGCCAGCCCACGCCCUCCUACCUCUUCAGCCAGGACCCCACAGCGACCUUCAAGGCUCGGCGCCACGAGAGCAAGUUCACGGAUGCCUACAAUCGCCGCCACGAGCAUCAUUACGUCCACAACUCUUCUGCAGUCCCCGCAGUGGCAGGGGCCCCAGCCGCCUUCAGGGGCUCCGUGGACCUCCCAUUCGGGGCAGUCAGCAGCAGUGGGGGCAGCAGUGGCCCUCCAUUCAAGGCCCAGCCACAGGAUUCAGCCACGUUUGCCCACACUCCACCGCCUACCCAAGCAGCCUCCGCUCCUGGAGUCACAUUCAAGUCGGCGUUCUCUCCAUAUCAGACUCCUGUGCCCCCUUUCCCCCCGCCCCCCGAGGAGCCCGCUGCCGCAACCCCCUUUGGGGCCCGUGAGAGUGGGGAGUUCCGGAGAGUACCUGUACCCCCGCCCCUGCCGCCCACUGAGCCCCUGACGAAGGAGAAGCCAGGCACGCCGCCUGGACCCCCGCCCCCUGCUGCCAACAGCAUGGAGCUGGGCGGCCGGCCGACCUUCGGCUGGAGUCCUGAGCCCUGUGACAGUCCUGGUACGCCCACGCUGGAGUCGUCACCUGCAGGGCCGGAGAAGCCCCACGACAGCCUGGACUCACGGAUCGAGAUGCUGCUGAAGGAGCAGCGCACCAAGCUGCCCUUCCUUCGGGAGCAGGACUCAGACACCGAGCUGCAGAUGGAGGGCAGCCCUAUCUCCUCCUCCUCCUCCCAGCUCUCCCCACUGGCCCCCUUUGGCGCUAACUCUCAGCCUGGCUUUCGAGGCCCCACACCACCCUCCUCGCGCCCAUCCAGCACCGGCCUGGAGGACAUCAGUCCCACACCACUGCCCGACUCGGAUGAGGAUGAUGAGCUUGACCUGGGCCUGGGGCCCCGGCCCCCACCCGAGCCAGGCCCCCCAGACCCUACCGGUCUUCUGGGUCAGACGACUGAGGUGGCCUUGGAUCUGGCUGGAGACAGGACCCCAACCUCAGAGAAGAUGGAUGAGGGGCAGCAGUCCUCGGGGGAGGACAUGGAGAUCUCAGAUGACGAGAUGCCCUCGGCCCCCAUCACCAGCGCUGACUGCCCCAAGCCCAUGGUGGUGACCCCCGGGACGGGGGCUGUGGCAGCUCCCUCCGUGCUGGCCCCGACCUUGCCGCUGCCCCCGCCCCCUGGCUUCCCACCCCUGCCCCCGCCCCCCCCGCCCCCGCCGCCCCAGCCCGGCUUCCCCAUGCCCCCGCCCCUGCCCCCGCCCCCGCCCCCGCCGCCCCCAGCCCACCCGGCAGUGACGGUGCCCCCGCCCCCGCUGCCGGCACCUCCGCCCGGCGUCCCGCCCCCGCCCAUUCUGCCGCCGCUGCCGCCCUUCCCACCGGGGCUGUUUCCCGUGAUGCAGGUGGACAUGAGCCACGUGCUGGGCGGCCAGUGGGGCGGCAUGCCCAUGUCCUUCCAGAUGCAGACGCAAAUGCUGAGCCGUCUGAUGACGGGCCAGGGCGCCUGCCCCUACCCGCCCUUCAUGGCCGCCGCCGCCGCCGCCGCCUCCGCUGGGCUGCAGUUCGUCAACCUGCCGCCCUACCGGGGCCCCUUCUCCCUGAGCAGCACCGGCCCCGGCCGCGGGCAGCCCUGGCCGCCCCUGCCCAAGUUUGACCCGUCGGUGCCGCCGCCGGGCUACGUGCCGCGCCAGGAGGACCCGCACAAGGCCACGGUGGACGGCGUCCUGCUGGUGGUGCUCAAAGAGCUCAAGGCCAUCAUGAAGCGGGACCUGAACCGCAAGAUGGUGGAGGUGGUGGCCUUCCGGGCCUUCGACGAGUGGUGGGACAAGAAGGAGCGGAUGGCCAAGGCCUCGCUGACCCCGGUGAAGUCCGGCGAGCCCAAGGACGAGGACAGGCCGAAGCCCAAGGACCGCAUCGCCUCCUGCCUUCUGGAGUCGUGGGGCAAGGGCGAGGGCCUGGGCUACGAGGGCCUGGGCCUGAGCAUCGGGCUGCGCGGGGCCAUCCGCCUGCCCUCCUUCAAGGUCAAGAGGAAAGAGCCGCCGGACACCGCCUCGUCUGGCGACCAGAAGCGGCUGCGACCCUCAGCCUCCGUGGAUGAGGAGGAUGAAGAGUCUGAGCGGGAGCGGGACCGCGACAUGGCGGAUGCCCCCUGUGAGCUCGCCAAGCGGGACCCCAAGGGCGUGGGUGUGCGGCGGCGGCCAGCCCGGCCCCUGGAGCUGGACAGUGGCGGGGAGGAGGAUGAGAAGGAGUCGCUGUCGGUGUCCUCAUCGUCGUCGGCGUCCUCGUCCUCGGGGUCCUCGACAAGCUCACCCUCAUCCUCGGCCUCCGACAAGGAGGAGCGAGAAAGCACGGAGGAGGAGGAGGAGGGGGAGGAGGAGGAGGAGGAGGAGGAGGAGGAGGAGGGGGAGGGCGAGGAGGGCCCCCGGAGCCAGAUCUCCUCCUCCUCGACCUCAUCCACGUCAGAUAAGGAUGACGAUGACGGAGACAGUGACGACGGAGAUGGGUCUGAGAACGGCGACGAGGCCGCAGCCCUGUCGGAGCCGAGUGAGAAGGAAGAGGGGGACUCAGCUGGAGAGGAGACAGUGAGCAUGGCCGCCUCCAAGGCUGGAGCCGAGUCCUCCAGUGAGAGCUCUGAGUCUUCUGACUUCGAAUCAAGCUCCGAGUCCUCCUCAGCACCCUCAGAAGAUGAAGAAGAACUGGCGGCAGGGGAGGAGGAGGAGGGGGAAGGGGAGGAGGCAGCUGCAGAUGAAAGCAUGGCUCCCGCGGCUCCUGACGAGGACUUUGAGGACCUGGCCACGGGAGCAUCCACAACGGAGUCGCUGGUCCCAGAAGAGGAGGUGGACGUCGAGGCUGAGGACGAGGCCUCCGAGGCUCGGACCCCAAUGCUGGAAGAGCCCCCCGUGCCUGUGGGUGUCGAGGAGCUGGCUGGCUGCAAGGAGCCCCUCGACGAGCCGGGCCUGAACCAGGAAGGGGCCAGGUUGCUGUCUCCAGAGCCCCCUGCUGGAGAGAUGGAGGCCCGGCCCCUGCCAUCCCCGGAGCCCGCCCCAGAGAACAGCCUGGAAGCGGAGCCUGCGCCCCCGGCGCUGCUCUCCUUACCCCUGCAGCCACCGUUGCCGCCCGCUCGACCACCCCGGCCACCCAGCCCACCACCAGAGCCCGAGACCCCAGACCUCCCACUCCCACCAGUCCCUCUGGAGCCUCCCCACGAGGACCAGCCCCCGCGUACUCCAGGCCUCUGUGGCAGCUUGGCCAAGUCGCAGAGCGCAGAGGCGGUGCCGGCCACACCGAGCGGGGAGCCCCUGCCGUCGGGGGGCAGCAGCGGCCUGCCCCUGAGCUCCCCGCAGCUGCCAGGCAGCCCCUUCUCCUACCCAUCCCCAUCCCCCGGCUUGAGCAGCGGGGGCCUCCCGAGGACACCUGGCCGGGACUUCAGCUUCACCCCCACCUUCCCCGAGCCUGGUGGGCCCCUGCUCCUGCCUGUCUGUCCCCUCCCAGCUGGCCGGCGUGAUGACCGGUCUGGCCCCCUGGCCUCCCCUGUGCUCCUGGAGACGGGCCUGCCGCUCCCUUUGCCCUUGCCCUUGCCCCUGCCCUUGGCAUUGCCUGUACCCGUCCUGCGGGCCCAGACUCGGGCCCCCACCCAGCUGCCACCCCUGCUGCCUGCUCCGCUGGCCCCUUGCCCACCCCCCAUCAAGAGGAAGCCGGGCCGGCCCCGGCGAUCCCCGCCGGCUGUGCUCUCCUUGGAUGGGCCCUUGGUCCGGCCGCCAGGAGGGGCCCCCCUGGGCAGGGACCUCCUGCUUCUGCCAGGCCAGCCACAGACCCCUGUCUUCCCCAGCACCCACGACCCCCGGACCGUGACCCUGGACUUCCGGAACGCGGGGAUCCCGGCUCCCCCCCCACCCUUGCCCCCCCAGCCUCCUCCGCCCCCGCCUCCACCACCUGUUGAGCCCACCAAGCUGCCCUUUAAGGAGCUAGAGAACCAGUGGCCCUCCGAGGCCAUCCCUCCGGGUCCCCGUGGGCGCGACGAGGUCACCGAGGAGUUCAUGGACCUGGCCAAGGUGCGGGGGCCCUGGCGCCGGCCGCCGAAGAAGCGCCACGAGGACCUCGUGGCCUCAGCCUCCCCCGAGCUCUCGCCGCCGCAGCCCCUCUUUCGGCCCCGCUCGGAGUUUGAGGAGAUGACCAUCCUGUAUGACAUCUGGAAUGGCGGCAUCGACGAGGAGGACAUCCGCUUCCUGUGUGUCACCUACGAGCGUCUGCUGCAGCAGGACAACGGCAUGGACUGGCUCAAUGACACGCUCUGGGUCUACCAUCCCUCCACCAGCCUCUCUUCAGCUAAGAAGAAGAAACGGGACGACGGCAUCCGGGAGCACGUGACAGGCUGUGCCCGCAGCGAGGGCUUCUACACCAUCGACAAGAAGGACAAGCUCAGAUACCUCAACAGCAGCCGCGCCAGCACUGAUGAGCCCCCCACGGACACCCAGGGCAUGAGCAUCCCAGCGCAGCCUCACGCCUCCACGCGGGCCGGCUCGGAGCGGCGUUCCGAGCAGCGCCGCCUGUUGUCCUCCUUCACUGGCAGCUGUGACAGUGACCUGCUCAAGUUCAACCAGCUCAAGUUCCGGAAGAAAAAGCUCAAAUUCUGCAAGAGUCACAUUCACGACUGGGGCCUGUUCGCCAUGGAGCCCAUUGCGGCCGACGAGAUGGUCAUCGAGUACGUGGGCCAGAACAUCCGCCAGGUGAUCGCGGACAUGCGGGAGAAGCGUUACGAGGACGAGGGCAUCGGUAGCAGCUACAUGUUCCGGGUGGACCACGACACCAUCAUCGACGCCACCAAGUGCGGCAACUUCGCGCGUUUCAUCAACCACAGCUGCAACCCCAACUGCUAUGCCAAGGUCAUCACCGUGGAGUCGCAGAAGAAGAUCGUCAUCUACUCGAAGCAGCACAUCAACGUCAAUGAGGAGAUCACGUACGACUACAAGUUCCCCAUCGAGGACGUCAAGAUCCCCUGCCUCUGCGGCUCCGAGAACUGCCGGGGGACCCUCAACUAGGCCCGGUGCCGGGGGAUGUCAGCCGCCCCCGGCGCCCGAGCGUGGACCCCUGGCCCCGGGGCCAGACCCCACCACCCACCCCCAUUUCAGGUGCUGUCCCUCUACCCAGCAGCCGCGCCAGGGCCCGGCGCCCCCAACACUACCCCCAGGACCCACCGCAGCUCCGGCCCCUCAGUGGGAAAGGGCUUCUCUGUCUCUCAGCCCACGUCUCUUCUUUCGUUUUUUUUAAAGAAAUGCUCCUUUCGGGACUUUGGUUUCCGGUGUAAAUGUCUCCCCCCACCCCCCUACCUCCCCGGCCGUCUCCCCUUCCUCCACCUCUCUGUCUUCUCUGUCCCACCUUCCCUUCCCCGUCAGCCUCUUCCCACGAAUGCUGCUGCUAUGUUGUUUUCGUCUUCUCGUUCUUUUCUUCCUCUUCAUAAGAAAAGACGCUUUAACCAUUGAAAUGUGAAGGCAGAAUCAGAGAGCGGGACCCCCGGCAGGGGCUGCGUGGUUUGAUGGCGUGUCGGCCCACGUUCUGGAACCCUCCGGGCCCGGGCGCCGGGCCAGGUGCUGCAGAGGAGGGGGGUCGGGCCAGGCGGCUUUGACCUCAGAACACUACGGAAGGCCCCCUCUCUGCCGGUGGACUCAGUGAGAAGACCCCCCCCCUCUUUCCGACCCCCUUCCAGUCUGUUCCUUCCCCAGCAGCCUGGGGGUGCCUUCCUCCCUCCCCCCAGCAGACCCUGGUGGAGCCAAGCUGGUCCCAGGCAGGAAUUUCCCCUGGGGCUCUCCCUGCCACCCCACACCCCUCCACCCCCCAAAUCUUGGGUUCAGUGUUUACUUUCUCAUUCGAAUGCCAGCGGGGUGGGGGGGAGGGGGGGGCUGUGGGGGGUGCUGGAAGGGUUGUGUUUACUUACCCUCUCCUGCCCUCACCUUCACCCCCAGGGGAGAGAAGCACCUCCCACCAGGGCAGGCGGUCCCGAGUCCCGCCACUACGGGUGUCUGACCGAAUGCGUGUGGCGUAUUUUUGUUUGCUUUUGUUUGCUUAUAAGCUUCACCCGAUCGCCCCCAGCCCAUAGCCUGACUCACCCUGCCAGCAAGCCCCUCGCCCCAAGAAGUCAAGAGCAUAUUUAUUUUCAGAGUGAGAAGAUUUAUUUCUCCCAGAGAAAGGAAAAUCUUGGAAAAGAUUUAAAAACUCAGAUCUACGUCUGACAGGUUUUUUGUUUUUUUUUUUAACCCUUGGCAUCAUCUUCUUUAGAGUUCCUUUCCAUGGAUUUUUUUUUUUCUUGUGCGUGUAUAAAAUCAAAACGAAGGGGAAAAAAAAUAGGUUUUUGAAGUUCAGAACAGAUUUCUGUACAUAGGCUGCCAUAAAGGACUUUUUUUCGGGAACAUUGUUUCUUGUAGAAACAUGUGGGAAGAAUUUUUUGCUUAUUUCUUUGUACUUCCAAAAAACCACACACACACACACACACACACACACACACACACAAGCAAGUCCCCCGCACCCCAGAAAGCAAAGCAGGCAUGUAUAUAAUUUAUGGAAAGUGACUGUUGUGACCAGCAGUCAUCCUCACCAGGACAGGAGAGCUCCCGGCGGGGCUGCCCCGACCUGCAGACCCUGCACAUGCAGGCCCGGAGCCUCUGGUAUCUCAGCUUGUGUCAAGCUUGUUAUCAUGUAAAUUCUGUACAAAGAAUUGUUAUUUUUCUCUUUUUUUUUUUUUGUCGUUGGUGGUUUUGUUGUGUUUUUCUUUUUUUCUUUUUCUUUUUUUUUUUUUUAAUUUCUUUACCCCAUGCCCUCUCUGUUUGAGACUAUGCCCACCGGUUUCAAGGUCCAUGAAAUCGGUGGCAUUAAGACACGGAGGGGGACCCGGGCACAGCGGCAACCUUCUCUUCCUUUUGCGGUUUUCUGCCUCAUUGUGCAACUGAGGAAAUAUUUAUUUUUCACAUGAGGAAAUGUGUAGUUUGUAGAGACGGCCGAUUUAAGUUACUUCUGCAGCCCCCAAGGGGCUGUCUUCAGUCUGUCCCCUCCUCCCGUAAAAGAAGUGGGGCGGGGGGAAUGUGAGGAAACCAGGGUCCAGGGUCCUGCCUCACCCCUCACCCUGGCCUCACCUUGCCCAACCAGCCUUCCCUAAGGGCGAGCAAGGGCCUGGACCCUCCCUGUCCCCAGGAACCCCCGUCCCACCCCUGAAAUGGCUUGCAAUAGCCAGAAAUGUGUCAACUCAUUUUUCUUUUCAAUGCCUUCAUUUUCAUUGAACAAACCUCUGCUUUUGAAGAAUUGGGGGUUUCUGCUUUUUCUUUUUCUUGUCCCUGCCCACCCACCCCCGCCUCCCUCCUCCAGCAAAGAAGAGAACCCAUAAGUUUUAGGGAUGUUUGUGCAUAUAGACUCUCAUCGUACGUAACUUGUUUUGAAGAGAAGUGUUUCCGUUGUGGGUGUGUCUUGCUGUAAAUACUUGUUCAUAUUUUUGUGAAUUCAAUACUAUGUACCAUUGUAUUAUAGUAACUUUUAUAAAGCAAACCAUAAAUAUACUGACUUUUCUUACAGAUACGCCAUCUCCCUUG